GGGCUCGGGUGAUCAUGGCAUGUCGAGACGUGGAAAAGGGCGAGGAGGCCGCGGCGAGCAUACGAGCUGCACACGCCGAAGCUCAGGUGGAAGUUCGAGAGCUGGACUUGGCUGAUACCUGCUCCAUACAAGCAUUUGCACAGAAGUUUUUAAGAGAGGUCAACCAACUUCAUGUCCUCAUCAGCAAUGCUGGAGUGAUGUUGUGCCCCUACACCAAAACCAUUGAUGGCUUCGAGAUGCAUAUGGGAGUCAAUCAUUUAG